AUGGCGACUCUUGCGCGCCAGCCGUUUGGCGAAAUCAGCACGCCGCGUCUGCAGGCGCUCGGCAGCUCCAAGAACAGGCAGAACGCCCUGUCGCCUAGCGCGCCCACGUUUGCCUGCCCACUGAAGCCCAGCGCCGCAUCCUCGACCAGCAAGCGCCAGCGCGAACCGGAAAUCUUCGAGGACGACGACUGCGAGAACGCGGAUCCGGCUGCCCUCACCUCGCCCACCAAGAAGUCCCGCACCAGCAGCCAUGGCUUCGUCAAGCCCGCCCGCUUCUCCAUGGUCGCCCCACCCGCCAGGCCCAGCGUCUCUCUCACCGCCAAGCCCGCCCCCUCCAUGCCCUACAUCCGCAAGUCCCUCUCGUCCCCAAACAGUGCCAAGUCGACGCCCAUCACCCACAGCCGCGGAUCGCCCAAGAACAAGCGCCUCCACGCCGUCUCCAAGCGCCGCGCCUCUACCUCUCCCUACCGUCGCGUGGACCCGCCUUCUUUCUCUCAGAGCGCCCUGCCCUUCUCCAUUGAUGCUGCUCUCACCGGCACCCUCUCAAACUACACCCCCAAAUCUAUCCCCACCGCCACCGUCACCGCCACUGUCGCCGCGACACCGACUCCUGCCCCCCGGCCAGCCUCGUCGCUCGACGAGUCCAUGCCCAACGGCUGGUUCUUCGACAUCCACGAGGACUCGCCCGAGCAGGAAGCCGCCAACUUGAUGGAACACUCCGCCUCCGUCCUCGACAUCAGCUCCGACGACGACGCCGAGACCAAGGCGAAGAACGAGGACCUCCUCAGGGGGAAAGAGAACGUCCCGCCGCCUGAGUUUUCUUUGUCACAACCCCGGACAGCGUCUGCAAGCACCAUCGACGACGGCGAGGAGACCGAGAUUGAAGAGCCCGUAAAGCGCCCCCGCCUGCGCAAGCUCACCCAGGACGCCAUGGAUGAAGACCGCAGGCCACUUGGUGACCUGCCGCCGAGCGACUUCUACGGCGCCGGCUGCGAUGCGAGCUCGUACGUGACGGUUGAUACUGGGAUCAGGCGGCCCUCGCGGCUGUCCAAGGAAGUGGAUGUCGACUCGGCGUCCGAGAAUGUAGAUCCCGUGAAGAGGCCGAGAGUGGUUGAAUCAGUACCUGCAGUUGACGAGCCAGUGGUGGUUGCUGCGAAUACCGAAACCAAGACCUACACAGCAGUUGCAACAAGCACAUCACCAGAAGAGGAAGAGCACGUCACAUCCGCCACCGAACCAACAUUACAACCUCUUUCGACUCCAAGUGAAGCGUUAUAG